AAAACGAAAAAAGAAAAAAUUAAGAAAAAAAGGGAAGAUAGAAAUAAGCAGAGGCCCCGUUGGCCUUUUAGCAACUUGAAAGUCCACUUCUCUAAUGAUCUAAGCAGCAUUAACACCCACGUGCAACCCAAAUACAUAUUGCUCACCUACCACUAAAUACCCUCCACGUAGCCAAUCUGGGACCCCCAAAGUUACUGCAAGCACUGUGAAAACUAUAUUCCCCUCCAUCUCAUAGGGGUUGUUUCUCACGCUCCAGGAAUGGCUCGUGAGCCCAAUCACUGUUUGUUUCUUAUUAGCUUCAGAGGCAGAAAGGGCCAAAAGAAGAGGCAAAAGCGCACUUCGUCACCGUUCACUUCCUUGUUGGCCAACGCCGGUGACGGAAUUUAAGAAAAAACACCCGCGUGUGAUUCUAGAAUAGGUUUCCUCCCAAUCCUUUUUUUCUUGCUGUGACCCAAAUUUUGGAUUCGAUUCUUUCGGCGUGUUUUCAAUCCUGUGAGGUUUCAAUCAAGUUUUUAGGACAACCAUGGAGGCACGACCUGCUUUAUCCAUUCAGAGAUCAGGUGCAAGGCCUCUCAGUAACCUGGGGGUGUCUGGAGGGCUAUCAUCAUCUUUACCAGCCCUUACAACACCUUUGGAAGAGACAUAUCAAAAGUUGUCGGACACGCAACAAGUGUCCACAGAUAGGGAAUUGAUGACAAGGCCUCUGGUCCAUGCAACUUGUGUACCCACCAAUAGUGGAGUGGUUGGCCACAUAUUUUCAUCAUCCUCAGGAUUUUCGAGUGAUCUUCACUUUUCGUCUGCAUCACCACAUGAAAAGCAUUCAAGAAAUGCUCCUUUCAUUUCUCAGUCACCAACUGAUGCCACAGCUUUGCCAUUACCACAAUCAUCAAAUUCAGCGCUACCUCAAUCAACAAUAUCAAGUCAUUUCAACAAAGAAAGUAGUGGUUCUUGGUGUACAGAUCCAGGUUUUCUUGAUUUUCCUGUAAACACCCCUAUCCAGAGCAGUCAAGUAGAAAGCAAUAGUUGUAGUGGUAUCAUGAUAUCUGAGGACUUCAGCAAACGGAAUGAUUGGCAAGAAUGGGCAGACCAGCUUAUCACUGAUGAUGAGGCUUUGGCCUCCAAUUGGAAUGAGCUUCUUGUUGACAACAAUGUUACAGAUCUGGAACCAAAGAUGGCAUACCAGGUGGCCAAACCAUGCACAACCAUGCCUGCACAGAAACCCCAAGCACAACAGCAGCUUCCUUCACCAUCUGUAGAAAGUCGCAGCGUUGUAAACCCGUCUUCAUCUGCAAAUAAUGCCCAUGCAAAGCCACGAAUGCGGUGGACACCAGAACUUCAUGAAGCCUUUGUUGAGGCUGUCAACCAACUGGGUGGCAGUGAAAGAGCUACUCCUAAGGGCGUGCUGAAGCUUAUGAAAGUUGAAGGCUUGACCAUUUAUCAUGUCAAAAGCCACUUGCAGAAAUACAGGACAGCUAGGUACAGACCAGAGUCAUCAGAAGGAUCCUCAGAAAAAAAAUUGACUCCUAUUGAAGAUUUAUCAUCUCUGGACUUGAAAACGGGUAUGGGGAUCACUGAAGCUCUGCGGUUACAGAUGGAAGUCCAGAAGCGGUUGCAUGAACAGCUUGAGAUUCAAAGAAAUUUACAGUUGCGAAUAGAAGAACAAGGGAGGUACCUACAAAUGAUGUUUGAGAAGCAAAAGUCAGGUUUAGACAAGCUGAAGGUGUCAUCUUCUAAUCAUCUGGAGAAUCCACCUGCUCCACCUUCAGAUGCUACCAAAGAGUCUCCUGCAAAAAGUGACUUGGAAGCCUCCCAGAUGGACCAUGUAAAUUCAGGAACCGAAACUGUUAAUGCCAACUCGAUGUUGGAGAGUAGUUCACAAGAAAUAGUUGCAAAGCAAAAGGCACCUGAAACUGGUGAUCUGGAGAAAGCUGAAACCUGUGUUUCUGAGUCGAGUUCACAACCCUCAAAGCGUCCAAGAAUUGAAGAAUAAGUUAUAACAGCUUUGAACUGACAAGCACCUUAGUAGGAUAGACCAAGUUGAGAUAUGGAUAGAGCUUUUGAGGUUUUAAGGUCGUCUUCCCUCUUUUUAUGUCCUUGUGGACAAUUGUGUAGAACACUCUGAUAUUUAGUUGAUAAACCAAAAGCUUAUAAGGUUUAGUUUGAUUUUCCUAGCCUCCAACCUCCCCAAGUGGAAAUGAAGGUGCAUUUAAUACAGUUGCACAAAUUUCAUUAGAUAUGCCAGUGAAGGUGUCCCAUUUUUUAGGGAAUGUUGUUGUCUUAACUUGUUAAAAGAACCCAAUAAAAUUCCUACUCCUAGAUUUGUACA